GUGUUCUUAUUCCUUUGCAAUGCAAAUUUAAGAGUCAGUCGCAACAGACAAGCUUGUCUCAGGUUGGAGAAACUGUACACCAAUUCUAUUUUAUUUAAUCAGCUAAAGGAUUAAAGAUGGGACGCUUGUGAACUCUAGUGGACAAGUCCAGCGGCUACAGGGGCAGGGAAGUAACUCAUUCAAGUACAGAGGGGUUGUUCUUUGGCAAGCCUUGACUAUAAAACUCCUUCAACAACCUCACUACCCAACCAGGCACCGAUUGAUGAUAAAGAACCGGGAAAUGGAAUUAUCUUCACCCCAACAUUAGAGGUGCACUCAGAUAACUUUAGACUCUGGAUUAAAGAGAGGAUUAGAUGGAUUGUGGCCAUUUGUGUUACUUUAAUUACAUACCAGCCAGGCAUACCUCUGCAUGUUGGAGUUUGUACCCAAACUGAACAAAGAAUAAAUCCAGCACUGUGGGCCUUCACUGAAAAGAAUCCGUUCCUUUUCAAAGUGCCCAAGGAGCUAGCAGGGAGCUAUGUCUGAAGAGGCUGAAAAAAUGGAAAAACAGCCUCCUGACCCUCCACCAGACCCACGCUGGAAGUACCUUGUUACCUACCUCUGUUUCUACGGCUUCAUGAGCCAGAUUAGACCUGGGGAGAGCUUCAUCACACCCUACCUGUUGGGAUCUGAGAAGAAUUUCACAAAGGAAAAGGUGACCAAUGAAAUUACACCUGUCCUGUCGUACUCUUACAUGGCAGUAUUAGUGCCCAUCUUUCUACUCACGGACUAUCUGCGGUACAAGCCAAUGUUGGUGCUACAGAGCUUGAGCCACAUUGCUAUCUGGCUUCUGUUGAUUUUUGGUACCAACGUCAUUGCCAUGCAGUUCAUGGAGUUCUUCUAUGGCAUCACGAUGGCUACGCGGAUAGCCUACUCCUCCUACAUCUUCACCCUGGUCACCCCGUCACUCUAUCAACGCAUGGCCAGUUAUUCCCGGUCUUCAGUGCUGAUGGGUGUCUUCACCAGUUCCGUGGUGGGACAACUCUGUGUCACAGUUGGAGGCACCACUUUCAUGACAGUGAAUUAUAUCUCAUUGGGCUUUAUGUGCUUUGGGCUGCUCUUGACCCUCUUCCUGAAGCGUCCGAAACGCAGCCUCUUCUUCAACAGGAACAAGAGCUGGUGUAAUGGUACCUCGCCUUCAGAACUGGACAAAAUGAACCCUGGGGCAGGGGAGCCCAUGUGGCAUAAGGCCUCUUCCUGGAAAAAUCUGAUCUUAUUCCGGAUGGUAAAGGAGUUGAGGACUAUUGUACAAAUGCCGCAGCUGAGACUUUGGUCCCUCUGGUGGAUAUUCAAUUCUGCUGGCUACUAUCUGAUGCUUUAUUAUGUGCAUAUUUUAUGGAAUGAAAUAUACCCUGCCAAGGACAAUAGAAAGGUCUACAAUGGUGGAGUUGAAGCUGUUUCUACCCUGCUUGGUGCCAUCACUGCUUUUUCUGCUGGCUUUGUGAAGAUCCGAUGGGCCUUCUGGUCAAAACUGGUGAUUGGGGUUGUGACAGCAGUCCAGGCAGGCCUAUUGUUGUUGAUGAACACAACUGCCAAUAUUUGGCUGUGCUAUGUGGCCUAUGUCCUUUUCAGGGGCUCCUACCAGUUUCUCGUGCCUAUAGCCAUUUUCCAGAUUGCAUCUUCGCUGUCCAAAGAACUCUGCGCUCUGGUGUUUGGUGUCAACACUUUCCUAGCCACAGUUCUCAAAACCAUCAUCACUAUCAUCAUAACUGAUAAGAGUGGUCUGGCUCUCCCAGUCCAUCCCCAGUUCUACGUUUACUUCGUCUACUUCACUGUUCUGGCCAUACUGUAUCUUUUGUCAUUUGUGUACAUGAUGGCAAGGCAGAGUUCCUGCAAGACACCCCAAGAAGUGGCCACACCAGCCAAAGAACUCUCUAGCCCAGUUGAGGAGAAUAUGGACAAGGAGGGAAGCCCGGAACUGGCUACUUCCAAAGCCUGAGAAAUACCACAAUCUGUGUACUACGUGGAGAUGGAUUUUCCUGCAAUGUCUCAGUUGAGAUGAGACCAGUGGCAACUCUCAAGACAAUCAGCACUUAUCACAGUCAGUGCAUCCCUGUUUUCAGAACAUUGGAUCUCUGUAGAAGUUCAGAGAAAACCUGGCUUGGUUUCAGAUGCAACUUUGGUGCAGUUGACUUUUCUGGCAGCUACAGUUCUCCCUGUUUCUUCUACAGGCAUUUUCCUCUUGAGCCAAGCUACUGUAUACUGAAAUAUUUACCAAUAUUAUAAUUGAGCACUUAAUUUUAUGACUGUUUGAAUUUGCUUUUAAACACUUGUGUUCCUAGUUCUGUCAUGUAAAUUUGCCAGUCACCAGAGCAAGUGAGACUAAGACACUUUUAAUGUUGGUACUGUGAUGUGACUCUUAGUAACUCGAGACACAUUUCUCUUUUUCCCCCUUAUAGGAAAACAGAGAUACCUUUCAUAAUUGAACCCUGGUCAUUGUAAUCUGCCACAUUCAGAAAGCAUAUUGCAAAGAAUGAAAUUACCUCCUCUCCCCAAAAUGCCCUUAAAUUCAUGAAAAUACUGACUGGCAGACAUAGGACCAAAGUGAGCCCGACAAUCUAAUCUUCAUUAGAAAGCAAGAGCUUUCAUUUUGAUGAAUGCUUGUGCUCUGCUUUCACAAAAUCUGAGCAUUUCUUUUCAAGCCAUUUUUUAUGUAACUAACUCACAUAAUCCCUUCAGGACCCUGCUGGAAAAGCACGAUUUGAAAGGAAAGUAGGUUCAAGCAUAAGCAGAGAAUUUUCAAGCAGCAGCCUCUGUGCAUUUCUUAGCUUGUUGAACUGCAGUUUUAUUUACAAUGCAUAUUUUUUUUAUUUAAAAUACAGUAUGCAGCAAGUCUUGUGGCUUGGGAGUCAUAGCUUUGAAGCCCUGGGUCGUCUCUGGAUUCCAGUAACUCAGGGGUGCUUCACAGAUAUCCAGCAGCAUCUUUUACCCCAGGACUAGGUUUAAGAUUUCAAUAAAGACCCACAAAACAUAGGAGGAUACUUUCCUUUAUUCAGUGCCUUUAGAAAACAGUUUAUAAUACACAACACGCAACUGACAAAGAUAUAAAGGUCCACAGGCUUUUAAAACUGCAUUAAAAUGUCACAAAAUACAGUAGACAGUAAGAAAACUGACUGUUAUGACUUGCACAAAUUUUCCCCACCGCAGUAAUAGCAUUUUAUUAGGACAAUAAAAACAAAGCUUAGGUAGGAAUUUAGCACCUUGGUUUUUAAAAACCGACUCAAAUGAAUGGGUAUGGAGCAAGCCUCAGCCUGGCUGAGUCUUGGACACCAAAAUGCAAGACGGGUGAUGUGGAUCAAACAUUCCAUAGCAUUCCAUAAGUCUACAUGCAGAGGAAAGAUGUCAAGCUGCUUUGCUGUGACCUGCCCUUUUUAAAAGGCUGCAGCCAGGAUCAGGAAUCCAGCCAUGCUUUUAUAGGGGAACAAAGCAUUUAGAUACGACACCAGUCUGUGUUCCAGAGGCUUCCACCCCUUGAAAUAUCCGUGUGCUUUAAUGCUUUGGAAUGUGUAGGCAUGGUUCCUACCCCAGUGUUAGGAGCAGGGGAAGAGACAAUCAAAGACUGGAGGGGUGGGUCUCUUUUUGGUUGCAAAGGAGUGGCUAACAGCACUUAGCCAAUUUGGACCUCCAGCCUCCACUGGCAUUGGGGAGGGGGGUUGUCAGGAUUUGAGUUAACCUGAUGCGCUGAAAGCAGCUCCUUGUGGGUGCAUUUGGCUUCCUUGUCUACUCUACUGUUACCUAGCAACUACUUUUCAAAGCCAGAGACUGCUCCUGUUAUGUGCUCCCUGGUGUUUUGUAGCUGAGGUUUAAAGCUGAAUGGGUUGAUCGGCAUAGAACAAACUCUCUCUCCAAGGGGUGGCUGCUAUCAGCAGGGCCAAGGGACAAGAUUGGCAGGGCUCUGGUAACUAAUGGGAACUCUGGGGUUCCCCAGAAUUUGCUGUAACCCAGUUUCUGGGCAAAGGUAAAGGCAACUUCCCUGCAAAGCGGAGAAGAAAAAUAUUUUUAACAAUUAACAACAAAAAAAA